AAAAACCGCAUCGAUCGCAACGGGCAGUCUUGCUUUGGCGCUCCGUUGUAGAUAUUAGUCUUUACUAGCCGUGUCCACAGCUAUGGCUCUUCACAAUCCAACUCUAAACAUGCUUCCCAGGAUCAGAUGGACCUGUGCGUCCUGUCUUCAGCAACAACUGAAAGUCCAGCAGCGCCGGAUCUCCACCUCUAGCCUGCGCAAGGCUUCUCCCCCGAUCAGCUCUGGGACUCUGGUGCAACACCGCCCAGUACGGGGUGUGCGAUACCUUUACACUACCGCACGGAUGCUCCAGGAAGCACCUGACGAACAGCAGCAAGCCGUGCCGCUGGGCGACUUCUAUACCGAGCUGCUAUCGACUCCAAUCCAGAAGCAUCCCACAACAUACUCAGACCUGCCUACCUUCGUGCAACCAGGCGACGAGUCAAAGAUGGAAAGAGCAAGGAAGGUAUUUGGAGCAAUACGUGGGUCGGGAUAUGAACGGCGGACGUCAAGCACGCCCGACUCGACGUGGCGCACAAUCAACGGCGUAGCGGUCCCUCCCAAACCUGCCGAGCCGGACAAUUGCUGCAUGAGUGGCUGCGUGCAUUGCGUUUGGGACGAUUAUCGAGACGAUGUGGAAGAGUGGGCCGCCAGACUUCACGAGGCGCAGGCCAAAGCGCCGAAGCAUCGGCGAGGUGCUCCCAAGGUCGAGAUGGCGAGACCCGAAGUCCACGAGGCGUCGGGAAGCAUGGACGAUGAUGGAGGCGGGAGUGAAAGCCUCUGGACAGCACCCUCGUCAGAGGCUAAUGAGGAGGAUAUCCUAUUCAAGGGGAUUCCUAUUGGCAUUCGAGAGUUUAUGGCUACGGAGAAGAGGAUCAGAGAUCGGAGGCGUGCUCGGAAAGAGAAGGGCCAGGUGGAGGACGACGAUUUUAUGUGAUGAUCAGUCCCAGAAUACGCGCCAUUUCACAAUGCUUAACACCAGCUAUCCUCGAGGCGGUCAACAAGAUUCAACUUUCAGACCGCUGGAAGUAUGGGGGUCUUUUAGGCUGCAGCCAAAAUGCCACCAGUUAGGCUUGUCUCAAAGACAUUUGAAGGUCCACUGGGCCCUCUCUAAUGGACACACCUCCUUCCAGGCCCAAAAAGGACCAUCAGACGGCAACAAACCGCGAGGCUCACUUCACAGAUCUGUCCACAUCCCCGACCCGACUGUUGAGGCAAUUUCGCCUGCUCAUGUUCAGCCUCUAUGUUUCUGAUGUCAAAAGACAAGAUUUGAAUCUGGUGGAUGUCUGACUUCUACAGACAUUAGGGAAACAACAUCCAAAGGCGGCAUUGACUGCUGGCUGUGACGUGAUCAAUCGACAAUCACGAAAUACGGAAGAAUACCGUGGGUACUGGCACUGUUCAUUUCUUUCCGGCUAUCGAUACAAAUUACAAAAGACUAUGGGAGACAGCUCUUGGUUUCACCAGCCAACAAUUGCGGCUGGCUACUUACGCUCUGCACCACGUGAAGGUGGCUGUCGAAUUGCAGAGCCCCCUCCUCUUUCUGCUGACUUUCUUUCUCAGCCUUUGGGUUUUCCCACUUCCAAUCUCCCGGAACCCAAACUCCAUUCAGAUCCCUAGACUGGAUCAAUCCUCCCAUGGGUCCUUCACUUCUCCUCUCCAGUGCCUGUGGCUAGUACCAUGCACCGGGGUGGGGGUCGUACUCAGGGUACGGAUGGCCAUACUGGCUGCUGAUGGUGGUGUGGCGCUCAAAGUGGACGUAAUGGGAGCGCGAGCUUGGUGUUGGGCACUUUCUGGCCUUUGGCCGAUUUGGCCGAGUUGAUAGAGUGCUUCUGACUGUUGGCGUGGGGGAAGCAAGAGGUGUGAUUCUGGCAGGAAUUGCGGGCUCACUGCUGCGUUGUUGCUUGGAGCUGCUGCAACCCAUGUUGUCGACGUUGGUUGUAUUGUUUGUCUUUGUGUUUGGUGUUGUGUUUUGAGAGAAGUUGUUGAGGUGUCAAGUUGCUGUGUUGGAGGUCGUGGUAUGUGGUUGUGUGGCUUGUGUGAUGUGAUGUGAUGGGUUGUUGACUUUGAUGUUUGAGAGACCGCUGGGUGUAUCGAUGGGUUCUUGAAUAAGAGAGAGACUUGCCUGGGGAGGAGGGUGUUUAUAUACUUAAGAGCAAUCGAGAUGGGCAUGGUAGAUUACAGCGAGCCAUAUACAAAGGUUUCAUCCCGUCUACACAGGCCAUUUCGUUUUGAAUGGAUACCCAAUCAAUUGCUGCAGAC